UGCCUUUUGUUCGUUUUAUCUUCGAUACUUUCGUGCUCUCUUUUCGUCUUCUUUGUCUAUCGCCCACAUGUGCAGAACAUUAGUUGCAUAAUUUUCAUUGGCUUAUUCCCGUAUAGUUUUUUUUUUUGCAAAGUUCUGUUAUGCUCGGCAAUAUUCAGUUCCGUUUAUGACUUAGUUUUGGGGUGUUUUAUUUUUUCGUGUGCUUGAUUAAUUUUGGAAGUCCUUUUCGCUGUUACCUCUUACAGUUGCUGAUACUGGUUUUUUGGGUCUGUUUUCUUUGAGAGUUUUUGUGUCCUCUCUGUCACAACCGGAAUUUGGCACUUGCUGCUAUGUGACUCAAGCUGCUUUUCUCGUCCCCUCUCGGUUAUAUCUAUCGCAUUUAUUGCAUUCACAGUGCAUCUAUUUCCAGCAGGCCUUCAUUUGCGGCAUCCGUGGAUCCCUGUUUUACUGGUUCUUUUCCUUUUUGUGUUCUUGCUGUUGUUCAAUGUAUAUAUCUCUAUACAUCACUUUAUAUCUGCUUCCUGCGGCUCAAGAAAAAAUCCCACUGUUGCAUGUGUACGAACUUAACAUUUUCUUGGUUUGUUUUGCUCAAAAGCGUUAUGCAUGUGAUUAGUCUUGCCUGCCAAAAGUGCAAAGGAGCAACAAAUUUGCCCAGAGAACUUGGUAAUUGUAGCCUUGUUAAUCAUUGAUGUGCAAAAAUAUUCCUCAUGGUGCCAAGACAACCUGACAUCAAAAAUUAUAAAAGUAACAAAUUAAAAUCAAUGUGUUGUGAUAUUUGGCUUCCGUUUCUUUUCUUUUGCGCAGUCAAUCUACAAUUGCUUAACUUUGCUAUCAUGCAUUUCUAAUUUUGGUUGUUUAGCUGAAAUGGUGCUUCGUGCUCCAUUUGUGCGCUGGGCUCGCAUAAAAAAUCCAUCGCCGACCUCCCCAAGAGCAGCCCUCUUCUACUUGCAGACCGCUGCAGGCAAAAAGGUUUCUUGUGCACUUGCAGUUCGUGGUCCAACAAAUCGCAUUACCUACAAAGCUUUUGGUGCUUUUCUUGAUGAAUACCAUCAGAUCCUACCUUUGGGUGGUGUUGCUCAGUGGAGAUUUAGCUCUAUCUUUUCACAAUGGUUGGAUGGUCUUCUCUACCAUUCAUUCCUCUUGUGCAGCGAAGAAGGUGUCGCUAAUGCAUGGCACUUAAACUAUGUUGUCCCAGCUGAUUCUGCUCAGAAACUGCCGAAAGGCCUUCGUGCUUACUUCCCUGCUGAUGGUGCGAGCACAUGGAUUGUGCUUAGGCAUGGAUUUAGAGCCUGGCCAGUAGAGGUUAUUGACUUUGAAUUUCGCAAAGGGUGGGAUACUUUCCGUGAAGUUCAUGCGCUCUGCGCUGAGUUCAAAGUAAUCAUGUCUUGUGAGCGUAAAUGGAUUUUCCACACUGCAAUCUUUAAUGAAAAUGACCGAGAACUUGUCUUCCCAUGGUCUGGCCCAAAUCCACAAUGGCAGGAAUUCCAUGUUCCUCCAGUGAAUUUGCAAACUGCUUGUUUGCCCUCUACUAUUGCCAAACAGCAAGCUAUGCUCAAAUUUGGAUUUUGGUAUCUUCUUGGGCAAAAGCUUCAUCUGGAAUGCGAAGCUCGCCUUAAUGAAGUGUUUCACACUUUCGAUCUCGAGGACAUGGUUAUCCAUAUGGCUGAUCGUACCUGGGAAAUUAAAAUUCAAGAUCUCAAGCUAGAUGUUACUGAAUUUGACCAGUUCUGGAGUGCUCUCAACAUGCCACUGCUUGACUAUCUGUUGAUCAUCAUGUUACCAAAUGCAGAAUUUCAAGUCAUUGUCUUUGACACAGAUAAUGAGAUUGAAAAAAUCUACACUUGGUUUUAGCCUCACCAUAUCAGCUCUUGCUUUCUUGGUUCUGCUGCUGUAACUCUUUUGGAACAACGGUUGGUAGCGUUUUGUCAACGUAAACCUCAUGGACUGCUCUUGAUACUUCCCUAGCCUUAUAGCACUAACUAAGUUUCUGCAUGCUUUUGGGUGCUUUGUGUAAAUAUGAACUCAUAGAUCCAUGUGGUUUUCAGUCUGUAUAUACCACUCGAUCUUUUGGAACAAUGGCUGCUGCCGUUUUGUAAAUAUAGCCCUUAUGGGGUGCUCUUACUACUUCCCUAACCUUCUAGCACUAGGUUUCUGCAU